CAAGCCUGAUGCAAUCGCCGGUUCAAUAGACUCGAAUCCGCAUCAGAAAGUAUUAAAUUUCUUCCCAAAUUUACAAAGUUUAACGUAUAUAACAGAAUAGAAAGUGAUAUUUAUUAUAAUAAUAAUGGCAGAGGGUGAGCUGGCUGAGAAGACAGCUGAUAUGACUCUCCAAGGAAGAUGAGCCGGAUUGUUUCACGGCUGACAUAUUGCCUUCGUCCUUCGGCACUAAGAAUCUUAGCACAGCCAAUCAGAGGACACCGUUCUUAUUGCUAUUUCCUAAUCAGGCCAGUAAAGAAGCAAAUCUGUUUCACACUUCCAAUCAGAAUGAGUAGUUCUCUUCAAGAUCUAGUAGCAAAUGGACCAAUCCUGUACACCUCAGAGAAGGAAGGCCAUGAAGAUGGUGAUGGUACAAUAACUAAACCAUUCAAGUCAGUCCUCCAGGCACUGCAGCAUGCCGAGGGUGAUGCCCACCAACCUGUCAUUAUGGUUGACAGCAAAGCCGAAGGAGAAAGAUUUGAGAAGAUUGCAAAGGCCCAGUUGAAGAAGGCAACCAAACUUUAUCAGCAGGAAAAACGGAAAUCUGAAGAGAGGGAGAAGAAAGAGGCCGAGAAGGCACAACAAAGAGAAAAGAAUUUAGAAGAUGCCAGGAACAUUACAAUAAAACCUGAUGAGAGUUUGCCUGUAGCAAAACAGAUCAAAAUUAGAGAUACCACAGAUUGUAGAGAACAGAGGGUCAAGAUCUUUGGCUGGGUCCAUCGGUUAAGGAGGCAAGGUAAAAACUUGAUGUUUGUUGUGCUUCGUGAUGGAACUGGCUUUUUGCAGUGUGUGCUGACAGAUGUUCUGUGUCAUACCUAUGAAGCCCUUGUGCUUUGUACUGAAGCCACAGUCUGCCUGUAUGGUGUCGUCAAGGCAGUUCCAGAAGGCAAAUCAGCUCCUGGUGGCCAUGAGAUGGCAGUUGAUUACUGGGAACUAGUGGGAGAGUCCCCGGCAGGGGGUGUAGACAACUUGGUAAAUGAGGAAUCUGCAAUCGACACACAGCUUGACAACCGCCACAUCAUGCUGAGAGGAGAAACGCUGGCAAAGAUCCUGAGAAUGCGAUCUGUUGUUACUCACUGUUUCAGAGAGCACUACUUUGAUAGGGGAUAUGUAGAGCUCACCCCUCCAUGCAUGGUGCAGACUCAAGUAGAGGGCGGGUCGACGCUCUUCAAGUUUAACUACUUUGGAGAAGAUGCCUUCUUAACCCAGUCCUCCCAGCUGUAUCUCGAGACAGCUAUCCCAGCACUAGGUGAUGUAUUCUGCAUUGCUGAGUCAUACCGCGCUGAGCAGUCAAGGACUAGGCGACACUUGGCUGAGUACACUCACGUGGAAGCCGAGUGUCCGUUCCUCACUUUUAACGACUUGCUGGACCGCCUGGAAGACCUGGUUUGUGACGUUGUUGACCGUGUUAUCAAGUCGCCACAUGCGCACUUGCUGUAUGAAAUCAACCCGGAUUUCAAGCCCCCAAAGCGGCCUUUUAGGCGAAUGGAUUAUGCAGAAGCGAUCAAGUAUCUCAAAGAACACGACAUCAAGAAGGAAGAUGGCACUUAUUAUGAGUUUGGGGAGGAUAUUCCUGAAAUGCCUGAAAGGAAAAUGACUGACCAAAUAAACGAGCCCAUUCUGCUCUGCAGAUUUCCUGUUGAGAUCAAAUCAUUUUACAUGCAAAAGUGUGAUGACGAUAGACGUCUAACAGAAUCGGUGGACCUGCUAAUGCCUGGAGUCGGUGAGAUCAUCGGCGGAUCCAUGAGGAUGUGGAAAUAUGACGAGCUUAUUGAGGGUUACAAACGAGAAGGCAUCGACCCUGCCCCUUAUUUCUGGUACACAGACCAGCGUAAAUACGGCAGUUGCCCUCAUGGUGGGUACGGCCUGGGACUGGAGCGGUUCUUGACGUGGCUCCUCAACAGACAGCACAUUCGCGACGUCUGCUUCUACCCGAGAUUUGUCGGUCGCUGUCAACCUUGAAAUGAUCCACAAUUAGAUGGGAUGCCGGCCCCUUGGAGAGGCUGAUGAGGUCGACCUUCCAUGGAGGUUUUGACCUCAACAAAGGGGUUUUAAGCUUUUCAAAUCCUUAAAAAAGGACACGCCUUUCCUAAAUCUCAUGCCAAUUAUACUUUCAUGCCGGUAUCCUAUCAUAAGCAUUCUGGGGUUAUUCAAUUGUUCUUAGUAGAUCUGAUAUAACUAUUCUGCAAGUCAAGUACAGUAGACCUGAAUAAAUACAUUACACAAUA